AGGUUAUGUUCUCAAUCGUAGUCAAUAAUCAGCUGUCUCGAAUGUAACAAAUUUUUCCCUUUGUAAAGUAAAAUCUUUUAAAAGGUUUUUUGUUUUUAUUUAAAUAAUAGGAAAAGAAAGUCACGUAUUUUAGCGUAAUUUUGUCAAGGUUAAGCAAUAUGAACAUAAUUGCGCGAAUUGGUAUUCGUAUGUGGCGUGGAAAAUAUCCUAGCUAUAGUACAUUACCCCCAGAAGUUGUUGUAUUCACUGAUAAAGAUAUGAUUAUUUGUUGGCAUCCAGAUCAAGGGUUUCCUUAUGAAUGCUCAAAGCCUAUAUUAGAAGAACAAGUUCUAACAUCAAAUACAGUACUUAAAAUCGGUGAAAAAGAUAUUCAAGAUGUCUUCAGAAAAAAUAAAGAAGAAGAUGUCAUUGCAGAAUUAGCCAAAUUAACCUUUACUACCAAGCAUAAAUGGUAUCCUCGAAGCAGAGAUAAAAAAGCUAAAAAAACUGAACCUGAUAGACCAUACUUGUAAAAUAUAAAAAGUAGAUCUCCCUUUGUUGUGUGUAUAUUUUUUAAUUUACUUUAAUAAAGGUAUAUACUAUUAUCUUCAUAUAAA